GUGCCGGCUGUGCCGCGGCGGGGCCGCCAUGGCGGGGCGGGUGCUGCGCGCGCUGCCCAGGCUGAAGACAGUCAACAGACUGCAAGUAAUAUUACAACAUUUGAAAAUGUCAAACCAAACAGAUUCAACAGCUGAAGUGUUGUUGGAAAAGAGAGGAGGUGCAGGCAUAAUAACUUUGAAUAGACCCAAGGCUCUCAAUGCACUAAAUCUUCCUAUGAUCCAACAAAUUUACCCACAACUAAAGACGUGGGAGCAAGAUCCUGAAACUUUUCUAAUAAUUAUAAAGGGAACUGGGGGAAAAGCUUUUUGUGCUGGAGGUGACAUCAGAGCCAUCACAGAGGCAGGAAAAGUUGGAGGUAAACUGGUCCAAGAGUUCUUCCAAGGAGAAUACAGGCUGAACAACGCCAUUGGCACUUGCAAGAAGCCAUAUGUGGCACUUAUUGAUGGCAUUACAAUGGGAGGGGGAGUUGGCCUCUCAAUUCACGGACAUUUUCGAGUUGCUACAGAAAAGACACUUUUUGCAAUGCCAGAAACAGCAAUAGGCCUGUUUCCUGAUGUAGGUGGAGGGUAUUUCUUGCCAAGGCUCUCAGGAAGGGUUGGCUAUUACCUCGGACUAACAGGAUACAGGCUGAAAGGAAGAGAUGUACUCAAAGCUGGCAUCGCUACACAUUUUGUAGAAUCCGAAAAGCUACCUGCCUUAGAGAAAGACCUGAUAGCACUGAAAUCGCCUUCAAAAGAAAAUAUAGCAGACUUACUGAACUCUUACCACAAGAAGUGCACAGUUGAUCAAGAAAAGAAGUUUGUACUUGAUGAGCACAUGGAGAAGAUUAACAGUCUUUUUUCAGCAAAUAGCAUGGAAGAAAUUGUCAAAAAAUUAAAGCAAGAUGGUUCUCCUUUUGCCAUUAAGCAGCUGGAGACUAUUAAUAAGAUGUCACCUACAUCCUUGAAGUUGACUCUCAGACAGCUCAGAGAAGGAGCUUCCAUGAGCUUGCAAGAGGUACUCAGGAUGGAAUACAGACUAAGCCAAGCGUGCAUGAAAGGCCAGGACUUCUACGAAGGGGUUCGAGCAGUGCUGAUUGACAAAGACCAAUCCCCAAAAUGGAAGCCACCUGCUCUAGAAGACGUCAGUGAUGAAUUUGUGGACAACUGUUUUAAGCCAUUGGGAAACGACGAUCUCAAGUUGUAAAGAUGAAGCCUAUUGACAUCUUAUAUAUCUGCUCUAAUUCUGUAAUAUAAAAAUUAAUAGUAGUGUGAUAAAUUUUGACAAGACUCUUUUAACUAGCCUGACAUUCACAAGGCUAAUUUUUUGCGUUCAGGAAUAUUCUCUAUAAUGAGGAAAUAUCUCUGGUUAGUAAUGGGAAAAAUCACUUCAAGGCAAAUUGUUAUUUUUACUGUUUUACACAAUGAUUAACAUUUAAUUUUUUUGCAUCAACUCUUAGUUUAGGAGGAGCCCUUGGGGAAGAGAGCACAGUUAAGGGGUGACCUAAUAAGCAAGAAGUCAGGAGACCUCUUGUGUUCUUGGUUCUGUCACUGAUCUGUUAAAUUGGAGUUGGGCCUCAGAUUCUUCUCCAUACAAUGAAAAUAAAAUAUACUUAAAGCUUUAAAACAGUCAGAGCUACAAAGGAAAGUGGAGGACAGAAUCCAUGGUGUUAAAUAGCCUUUUAAAUUAAAGCUCAGACUGACAUACUAUUAGUCUGAGAAAAAGAAAAUAUUCUAUUGAUUUAACAUCUGGUCAUUAUUCAGCCUUGCUAUGUGCUCUAAACAUUGUUCAAAUGUCAUAAUAUUGCCAGAGCCUAGAGCACACUUCUGUUUGAUUGUAGAGCCCAUUUUUUAAAAUGCUAUUAAGUCUGAUUGAACUCCAUAAUUUGUUUUUUUCAUGAUUGCAAAAAUUUGCAAGUUUUUCUUGGUCUUACAGUGCUGAAGAAACUACUGCCUCAGACCUUUCUGUGAACACCAAGCAGCACAUUUCCUGUGCAUUAAAGGUUGCUGGGUUCUGAUACUAAUGCAUGAAGUUAUAUAUGACAUAACCAGAGCCCCCUGAUAAAGUGUAAUCUUUUUUUGGUGGGAGGAUUAUUUUUUCUAUUGUGUGUGCAACACACAGCUACUAAUCUUUCUUCAACAUUACUCCUACAUGCUUUUGUAAGGUUUGUCAAAUCACAUUAUCAGUAUUUCUUCCUACUUGUUUCUACAAUUACAGGCAGGUCACAAAUAACAGAUUUUGGCUUCUCUGAUGGUGAACCACCGAGGCUAAAGGAAGAAAACUUCUGUUCAGAUAACACAGUCAGUAACCAGCAAUGGGGAAUCAAAAAGUCAGAGCUACAGCAGAACCAUAAUGGAGUUUUCAACAUUGGGCAGUUUUUAUUACUAACACUUAUGGUCUGCAAUGGCUUAAGGCUCCUUCCUUUCCAGGAGCUGUUGCCUGGAAACAAAGUCCAGGAAAUUCAGGCAGCAAGGUGAACUACCAGAGUGACUUUCAAAAAAUCAGAGGUGAGCAACUGGAGAGCAAAAUCAAGAAAAAUUGGCACCUUGCUUUGUUGCUAUAAUCUUUCAAGAUAAAAUUGUUAAAAUUUCAGCUGAGAGUUAAUGUUACCAUGGACAUAUUUGUUAUGUCCUUGAGUUUAUUUCCAAAUGUACUUGAGAGAUUUCAUUAAUACCCUUAGGGUAAUUCUGAAAAUAUGACUUGAAUUUCUACCUCAGGCUGGUUCUGUAAGAAGUGUAAGCCUCCCCCCCUUAUUUUUAAAAGUUUUUAUAUGUUUUACAUUCUUAAACAAUGCCUAUUUUUAAUUUAUUUUUUAAAGAUUGGUUAAUUUCAUUAUUUUUGUACAAAAGGAGCAGUCUUCAGUGACUACAUUUAAUGAAAAACACAAUAGUUCCCAGGGAGUAGGGGUCAUGCCUUCUCUGACUGUAAAGGACUUACAAGGUUUUAGCAAGAAUAUACUUCCCAGUUCAUAAACUUUGACUUGCAUGUUCAGUUGCCUCCAAAAUUUAUGUGAACAGGAAAUAUCCCAGGCUCAUGGUAACAAGAUUCUGUCCAAUCUGUGCAUUUUUAUCAAAUAAAAGGCAUACAAGCAGA